GAACACUCACGUAGCGAUAAGUCAUAUAUUUAUUCCAAUGUUGGUAAUUGUCGCGGCAGACACACAGCGCCAGUAUUAUUCACAGAAUUUAAUAAUAUUUGGUCACUUUGUCGGCUUUUUUAAUGUUAAACUUCGCUUAAGAGAUGAGAUCGCGCGUCAGAAAUUGUAAAUAAUUGAUUGUUUUUCAUGCCAACUAUUCGUCUUUAUUGACGUUUUAAUUCAAACUCUUACUGAAGAAAAAUUUGCCACAAGUGUGCACGCCAUGAAAGGUAGACAUGCAUCGCCAAUUGAUGGACACAGCGGCUGAAAAACAGAUGAGAUAAAGUGUUGAGACAUUUCGUGAAAUUAACAGGAACAUCUUGGACGUCUGUUGUGGCAGAUCAAGAGAGGCACAACCAUGGCAGAUCUUCAAAGUGCUUUUAAACAGCCUGUGCAAUAUAUUUAACAGUGUAGAACGCUUCCCACAUGCUGGACUGAAGGAAUAUAAAUGAAUCAAACAUGCCUGCUUCAAAUGGUUGUUCGAUAAUAUCACAACCCAGUAAACCUAUCAAUGACCGCGUGAGGAUCAAUGUUAGUGGCACAAUGUUCGAAACGUUAGAAGAAACCUUAUCGAGGUUUCCAGAUACACUUUUAGGCUGCCCUAAAAAGCGCGUUCAGUAUUUUGACGCCAAACAAGAUGAAUACUUUUUUAACCGAAACAGACUGGCUUUUGAUGCAAUUCUUUUUUAUUAUCAGUCGUAUGGAAGGCUCGUAAGACCUGACGUGGUUCCGGAGAAUGUUUUUAUUGAGGAAGUGCGCUUCUUUCAGAUACGAAGCAAUUACACGUCAACCAGGGAUAAGAUCGAGAGGGCUCUUCUAGACAAAGAUGAAGAUCUACCUCAGAAUGUAAUACAACGCAAGGUCUGGUUGUUGUUUUCUCACCCAGAAUCAUCUUAUCCAGCUAAAGUUCUGGCCGUUUUGUCAGUCGUCAUAAUCCUUCUUUCAGUUAUCAUACCAUGUUUUGAGUCAUCGGGGGAGCUUGCAGUCAACAAUGAUGUCUUUUUCUCGUCGCUUGAAAUGGCUUGCUAUGUGUGGUUUACGUUUGAAUUAGCGGUUCGUCUUUCCAGCGCGCCGGAUAAACUUCGAUUUUUUCGCUCAGCACUUAACAUUGUGGAUAUAGUCAGCGUGGCACCUUACUACGUUCUACUGACAGUGCAAGGUACACGCGCGCCGCUUUCUGUUCUCCGCGCCGCGAGAAUGCUACGCGUUUUACGUAUUUUCAAACUCACGCGUUACUCUAGCGGCAUGCGCAUUUUGUUUUUCACGUUCGCUACGAGCAUGAAAGAGUUGGGAAUGUUUUUGAUUUUCAUUUCCAUAAGUGUUGUGGUAUCGUCAAGCGCGGCAUUUUACGCGGAAGCAGGUUGCGGAAACAACUGCGCAUUUCUAAGCAUCCCCGACGCGUUUUGGUGGGCAGUGAAUACGAUUACCACCGUUGGCUACGGAGAUCAGUAUCCUUUAACCGCCAGUGGCAAAAUGGUGGGUUGUCUCUUGACUGUGUUUGGUGUAUUGAUCAUUGCUCUUCCCGUCUUUCUUUUUGUGGCGAAUUUCAACAAAGUCAUGAAUGCGAACUUGGCGGCAGUCGAUAAAGGAAAAAAAAGCCAGUUUAAGUAACAUUUCGUUCCUAACAAGCACUGAAUUGGCUUUUUCCAUUCGAACGUUUUUGAAAAACACGCGAAAUUUUUAUUAAAGAGAACGUCUGUGAAGCUUU